UUGUAGUCCAUUUGGCCCAAAAUUUUCUCUCUCCUAUGAAGCCCUAAGCGCUGGCGAUUUUGGAGGCGACCUGCGAUAUGGGAAGAAGAGGCUCAAUUCAUAGUAGUAGGGUGUUGAUCUCAUCAACUCAUCGAUCACCUAGAAAUAACUUCUCGCCUUCUUCUCUGCUCAAGGUCUGUCCCCUGGAACCGCCGACGCCGACGUUCUCAUCGUCGACUGCAAGCUCUCCAAACUCUGAACCAAGCAUUAUUGACAAAAAGAUGCAAAGUGUCACCUUGAAGUUCACAAAAAAAGUCGAGGAUAAAUUGGGUUUCUGCAUAAGCGACGUGGAAAAGGAAUGGGAUCGAGCGUUCAAUUAUUCGAAAAAUUUGGACUUCGUGCAGAAUUGUAUCCUGCAGAUAAAAGGAGAUCUCGCCAAGAGACUAUGUACUGCAUCGGAAAUAAAGUUUUACUUCGAGAGUUUCUUAGAGAGGGCAUCAUUAGAUGCCCCUGAGGCAAAACCCAACAAGAAUUGCAAUUUGACCUCAUGGGUCCCUGGAUGUCUGCCAGGAUGGGCUUCUGGUCUCAAUUCAGCUGAUGAGAAGGUUGAUCUCACAAACUCUUCAAGGGACAUGCCUGCUAGGACAAAUGACAGUCAACCUUGUUGUGAGGGUUUUUUUUGUCCGCAGGGUAUUACUUGCAUGAUACCUUGCCCGCUAGGUUCUUACUGCCCACUUGGAAAGCUCAAUAACGUCACUGGCAUAUGUGAUCCAUAUCAUUAUAGACCACCUCCUGGACAGACAAAUUAUACUUGUGGCGGAGCUGAUGUUUGGGCUGAUGUUCUGAGUAGUGGUCAAGUAUUCUGUUCAGCGGGAUCAUACUGUCCCACUACUAUCGAAAAGGUUACUUGCAGUAGCGGAUAUUACUGCAGGAUGGGUUCUACAUCUCAAAAGCCAUGCUCUGCGUUGAGUACGUGCGAUCCAAAUACAGCAAAUCAAAACCUUGAAGUAUACGGGAUUAUUAUUAUUGCUACAUUGAGUGUCCUACUGCUGCUUAUUUAUACUUGUUCAGACCAAGUCCUCUCAAUUCGGGAUGAAAGACUGGCCAAGUCCCGGGAAGCUGCGGCGAGGAGUGCACGAGAAACUGCACAGGCGAGAGAAAGGUGGAAGUCUGCAAAAAAUGUUGCCAUUAAACGUGCAGUUGGCCUGCAACAACAGUUUUCGUGUGCAUUUUCACGGAAGACAUCUUUUAAACAACCAGAACAACUGAAUGUUAUUGGUCAAGCUAAAGCUGGCAGUAAUGAAGCCUCACUACCACCUAAAAUUCCCAGUAAUUCAAGUAUAGCUCUGCAGCCAUCAGUUGCUCCAAAAGCAAAGAGAAAGGAACCAAGCAACCUUACAAAUAUGUUGCAAUCCCUCGAGAAUGAUUCAGAUAGUAACCAGGGCUUUAAUCUGGAGAUUGGAGAUAAAAAUAUAAAAAAGCAGAUUCCAAAGAAUAAGUUGCACACUCGCAGCCAAAUAUUUAAGUAUGCAUAUGGUGAACUCGAGAAGGAGAAAGCUAAGGAGCAGAAGGGUAACAACUUGACCUUCACAGGAGUACUCUCAAUGGCAACCAAUAGUGAAAUCAGGACCAGACCUCUGAUUGAGGUUGCUUUCAAGGAUCUAACCCUUACUCUAAAAAGGAAAAAUAAACAUCUGUUGAGGUGUGUUACUGGGAAAAUUAUGCCUGGUAGAGUUUCUGCUGUCAUGGGUCCAUCAGGAGCAGGAAAAACAACAUUUCUUUCUGCUCUGACAGGAAAGGCAACUGGAUGCACCAUGUCAGGUUUAAUUCUUAUAAACAGAAAAGUUGAAUCCAUUCACUCAUACAAGAAAGUUAUUGGUUUUGUCCCACAAGAUGAUAUUGUCCAUGGAAACUUAACAGUAGAGGAGAACCUCCGGUUCAGUGCAGAGUGCAGACUCUCUGCCGACAUGCCAAAAGCUGAUCGGGUUCUGAUUGUUGAAAGAGUUAUUGAGUCACUGGGACUGCAAGCAGUAAGGGAUUCUCUGGUUGGGACAGUAGAGAAACGAGGAAUAUCUGGAGGUCAGAGGAAACGAGUAAAUGUUGGGCUGGAAAUGGUCAUGGAGCCUUCACUAUUGAUCUUGGAUGAGCCCACGUCUGGUUUGGACAGUGCAUCUUCAAAUUUACUUCUAAGGGCUCUUCGACGUGAAGCUCUUGAAGGGGUAAACAUCUGCAUGGUCGUUCACCAGCCAAGUUAUGCCUUGUUCAGAAUGUUUGAUGACUUAAUACUUCUAGCCAAAGGUGGUCUUACUGUGUACCAUGGAUCUGUGAAGAAAGUUGAAGGAUACUUUGCAGGCCUAGGGAUCAUUGUGCCAGAACGUGUUAAUCCUCCAGACCACUUCAUCGAUAUUUUGGAGGGUAUAGUGCAACCGGUCUCGGGUGUGACUGUUCAACAGCUUCCUGUCAGAUGGAUGCUUCAUAAUGGGUACCCGGUGCCCCCCGAGAUGAUGCAUUAUUGUGAUGAAAUUGCAGCAUCCUCGAAGGGUGUAGAUCCAGGAGCUGAUGAAGCUACUGAACAACCUGUUGCUGGAGACUUGUGUCAGGAUGUAAAGUGCAAUGUCAAGCAUCAGCACAAUUUUAAAAAAUCCCAUGACUUAACUAACCGAGUUACUCCUGGUGUAUUCCGUCAAUAUAGAUAUUUCCUUGGGAGGGUUAGCAAGCAGCGACUACGAGAAUCUAAAAUUCAAGCAGCCGACUAUUUGAUAUUAUUACUUGGUGGAGUAUGCUUAGGAACUAUCGCAAAAAUUACAGAUGAAACAUUUGGGGCUCUUGGUUAUACUUACACUGUCAUCGCUGUUUCACUUCUAUGCAAGAUUGCAGCUUUGAGAACAUUUUCACUGGACAAAUUACACUACUGGAGAGAAAGUGCAUCUGGCAUGAGCAGUCUAGCUUAUUUUCUCUCCAAGGAUACAAUAGACCAUUUCAAUACGGUUGUCAAGCCUUUGGUUUAUCUUUCCAUGUUCUAUUUCUUCAACAGUCCUCGAUCAUCCUUCAUGGACAAUUACAUUGUUUUGCUCUGCCUCGUAUACUGUGUGACUGGCAUAGCCUAUGUAUUUGCCAUCCUCCUCGAACCUGGUUCAGCCCAACUGUGGUGUGUUCUGCUUCCUGUUAAUUUGACUCUCAUUGCAAACCAGAAUAAGAAGACUCAAGCUGCGAAACUCUUAGGCGAUUAUGUCUACCCAAAAUUUGCCAUGGAAGCUUUUACUGUUGCAAAUGCUGAAAGGUACUCUGGAGUGUGGCUAAUAACCCGGUGUGGUUUAUUACUGAAAAGAGCCUACAAUGUUAACAAUUGGACUAAUUGUGUAUUGUCCCUCAUGGUUACUGGUAUAGUUAGUCGUUUCAUAGCUUUUUUUUGUAUGAUAAAAUUCCAAAAGAAGUAAGUUUAACCCUUUAUUUCGUGGCAUAUUAUUAUUUUAAUGUACAGAAAUCGAAAAGUCUAUUUUUUUUACCACUAUAUCAUAUUAGAUCCAUUCAAAAGAUUAUGUAAAAUUUCCUUUAGCAAUGAGAGUUUGUGGCUUACAACAAAA